CAUCCUAUCGGUCAGUAAUUAAACUGAACUUUCUCUUAUUUUGACAAAAGUUUUAGAUCUAGAUGGUAAGCAAGGCUGGAUGAUGUGAAAAAGUGUGAGGGACUUCACUCCGUCGACAAACUGAUAGAAUGUGGGAACGGCGCAGAAUAAGGAGUUGUUUUGCUGUGAUAUCCAUUGCCGUACUUAUAGGUAUAAUAUAUAUUGCAUAUUUCUGCCCGGGGAAUAUCUGCGGAUUCAAUUCCGAAUCCCGGGGGGACCUGGCAUCAUACUCAAAUGACGUAAACACAUAUCUGAAGGGAGUUCAUCCGCGCUUCACAUUCGAGGAUCACGAACUUCACAGAUAUCAUCCAUUCCAAAUCGAGGCAAAUGAUGUCCUUGUAUUUUUACACAUUCAAAAAACCGGCGGGACAACUUUUGGAAAACAUCUCGUGAAAAAUAUCGAGUUGGAUAAACCUUGUCAGUGUUAUAAGGGACGCAAACGGUGUGAUUGUAUGAAUGGACAGCAAAAUAUGUGGCUAUUUAGUCGAUAUUCGACGGGGUGGCGAUGCGGCUUGCAUGCUGAUUGGACGGAAUUAAAAGACUGUGUCGAGGAGUAUCUCACCGAGACGGAAGGCUACAGAGACCGAAGUCUCCAUGCUCCGGAAGGGCGGUAUCUGUACAUCACCAUCGUCCGCGACCCGGUUGAUCGUUAUCUGAGUGAGUGGAGGAACGUAGAGCGGGGCGCCACCUGGAAGAAUGCAGAACUAAAGUGCAACGGGCGCCAAGCGACUUUAGAAGAAGUGCCAUUUUGUUUCGAGGGAGAAAACUGGGAGGAUGUUAAGCUGGAUCAGUUCACCUCGUGUCCGCAUAAUUUGGCCAAUAAUCGGCAGACGCGAAUGUUGUCGAAUCUCAGUCUAGUCGGGUGUUAUAAUCGGUCAGCAAUGGCCGAAGAUGAACGAAAUCGAAUCAUGCUACAGAGUGCCAAACAAAAUCUCCGCGACAUGGCGUACUUCGGUAUUUUAGAGUUCCAAAUUUAUUCGCAAUAUCUCUUUGAACAAACCUUCAGGUUGCGUUUCAUUGAAAAAUUUGUCCAGCUCAAUGUGACUCAUUCAUCUGUCACGGACAUCACGCCCGCUCAAAAACAAACAGUCAUCAACCUGAAUAAACUUGACAUCAGUCUCUACCAGUUUGCUCGAGACUUGUUCCUGCAGCGGCUACGGACUGCGUUGUUACACGACCCGCGGGUCAAAGCGCAAAUACAUUUCGUCGACGUUCCGAAUCCCGCCGGUCUAUUGCUGGAGGAUCUUCUGAAGCGUGUCGAUUUCAAUCUGCUCACGACGGGAAAAGACGAGGGGACGCUCAGCAAGACCUUAAAGAGAAAAAUCAAAAAACAACUCCGAGGUAAAAAAAGAGAGAAGUUUGGAAGCGAUUUUGAAAAUUGAAGUCAUAACAUUGAUAUGUGCUAGUUAUUAACGCAAUUGGUUUUUCCUCUUGGUGCAACCUCACAUUUUAAACCACUUCACUACUUGACAUUUUUGACGUUAUUCGGUUGACCACUGGACUCUACAGCGUAAUUUCCGGCAAUAACGCAAUGCGUCAUGCAUCGUAGAACAUCAUGUCAUGAUGUCAUCAGACCAAAAUUCCAAGCUACAGGAGCGCGAGUCUUUACACGUCAGACCGAAAUUUCGGGCUACAGUAGUGAAGUGGUUAACUUAUCCCAGAAACAGCGUGCAGUAAUUUGAGAGGCGUUUACGCAUGUGGUUCAGACAUGCAGCCUCGGUGCAGACAAUGUCUACUUUUUACCUAUUAGUGGCGACAUCUGGGAAAUACUCAUAUUCGUCAUUUUGUCCUCCAGUUCGAUCCAAAACACAGUUCAAAUGUAUAGAAUAUUUGUAUCUUUUAUAACGUGUGAAUGAUCAUAUUAUAAGACAGUUCAAGCACGAAAUGAAUGUUGCAAUACUCAUAAAAUUUAAAACCGUUUCUUUUAUUUGCCUCCAACAUUGGUUUUAAAAUGGUCACAAUUUUACCUGAUACUAAGACUCCACAAGGUGCACUUUGGCGAAAAUAGUUUCGACCUGAUUGACCUCCAAAAUUGCUGCUCAAUGGAGGCAAUGCACAGCCUGUAAUGGCUGUAUAGUCCCGUGGUGAAGUGCUAAAAAAGCCUCGUCCCGCCCCACUUUCUUGAUUUUCUCAACGCUACAAAACUUGUGGGGUUUUAGUAAUAGGUGCCUCACUUUCGUGUUUGGAAGGGGGUACGGGUCACAAAGGUGUAUAUGAUCAUUUUAUCAUUUUAAAUUUUUUGGAUUCGUGAUACAGAGUUUGUUGAUCCGAGGAGGGAAAAGGCAUGGUGGGGAUUUGAUGCUGACUCAGCAGCAAUUAGGUUUAUAAUUCAUAUGUUCUUAUGACUUAGGUAGUUGCUUAGGUUUAUAAUUCAUAUGUUCUUAUGACUUAGGUAGUUGCUUAGGUUUAUAAUUCAUAUGUUCUUAUGACUUAGGUAGUUGCUUAGGUUUAUAAUUCAUAUGUUCUUAUGACUUUUUAAAGUUUAUAAUAUACAUACAUACAUACAUACAAUAGAUCAUUUUUAGGGCGCUUCUCAGAACGGAAAAAGCUGUUAAAAGCGCCACCUGGAUUUAUAAUUAAAAUUUCCCAAAGAGCCAAGUCUUUAGCUGGCCUCUGAAUGACACAUAGUCCUCAGCUGAUCUCAGAGAGCCGGGCAGGCCAUUCCACAGCCUUGCAGCGCAGACAGAGAAACUCCUGUCCCCAUAAUUGCUUCUGGUGCGUCGCACUGCAAGACUGCAUCCUGAUGAUGUAGCACGCGUAGUGCGGGAAUGAACAAAUGGACUGACCAGCUCCCUGAGAUAGAGAGGUGAACUGUUCCCAUAGACGGCCUUAUGCGCCAUGCAGAUGAUCUUAAACUGCGAUCGCAGGUGCACUGGAAGCCAGUGUAACCGCUUCAAUACUGGAGUCACAUGGAAGCCAUUUUUCUUCCUGUGCUAGCCCAUGUUGAGCAGUGGAUAGCAUUGCUAAACAGUGCUUACUAUACUUUUAUCUGAAUGGGCAAGUAAUAUAUAUAAGUGUCACCAGCUUUGGUAUAUAGAUGAAACCAAUGUUUGCCCGAGUGUCUAUAGCAUGUUUAAAGAGGCUGCAGAAAAAAUAUAGGAGGAUAUGACGUGCUAUGCACGUCACCGGUACGUGUUGGGGCCUGUGACAUGAUGUGCUGUGUACGUCACCGGUAGUGAAAGGGUCCUGGGGUCAAAAGUGGCAGAGACGGUGACCUUGAUUUGACAGCUUACUACUCACCUUGGCUUGGAAACUUUCAGGGGGAUACCAAUAGUAUGGUAAUCUUGAAGCCUUUGGGACCGUGACAUACUUUGUUAUUUGUGACCCGUCACAGCAAAAGCAGGGCAUGUUGCUCUGAGCUUGGCAGGUUGAGACGGACUGGUUGUUGAUUUCACUGUUGUCUGCCUUUUGUGGAAUAUGAGUACAUCAAUUUCUUCCAUUAUCUCCUAGUGUCAUUUAGGCUCAUCUUCUGUGGGACAUGCGCCUGGCUUUGCUGUGAUGGGCCACAUUUUUUUGACUUGUACAGCUUUUUUAUGUUGUGCAUUGUCUGUACAAUAUUUCAUGCCUCUUCCCUAACUUUAUAACAGCUUGUCUGCAACUUUUAUAUGUUAUUGCGUAACAAUUGUGUUCAUACCUGGCUAAACCUUUGAUCAAAAAAAUGUAGCAUUGGAUUUUGAAUUCCCUGUUUUUAGCUCACCUCUUAGCAGAGGUGAGCUUAUCCCAUACCGUGGCGUCCGUCGUCCGUCGUCGUCGUUGUCGUCGUCCGUCGUCCGUCGUCCGUUAGCAGGGCACGUUUCGUAACUGUUAGAGCUAUUGAGUUGAAACUUGGUACACAUGUACCCUUAUGUAAUGACACCUUGGAGACCAAGUUUCGGUCCGAUUCGUUUCAUGGUUUGGCCACCAGGGGGCCAAACGUUAAAAGUGAAAAUAUGCAAUAUCUCCCUUAAUAGUAGUCGGGAAAUUUUGAAAAAAAUAUGGUAGGUACUUCUAGCAAAGGUGCAUCAUAUAUCCUCCGGGUUUUUGAUUUGACCUCCUUUUCAAGGUCACAGAGGUCAAAUGGUGUAAAUUGGCCGUUAGGAUGUAACGAUGGCACGUUUCUAAACUGCAAUGACUAUUGAUACCAAAUUUGAUACACAUUUACCCCUUAGUCAGGUGAUCUCAGGGACCGAAGUUUGGUCCAAUAUGAUUCACCACUUGACCACCAGGGGACAAAAUCCAAAAACCUUAAAAAUGUGAUUUUUCCUUAACUUCUUGCCCGAUUGCCACCAAUUUGAUAUCAUGGGUACAUCUAACCACCAUACAGUAUAUGUCACACAGGUUUUUAAUUUGACCUUCUUGUCAAGGUCACAGAGGUCAAAUGGCGUAACUUCGCCGUCAGGCCGUAACUAUGGCACGUUUCUUAACUGCAAUGACUAUUGAUCACAAAUUAAGUACACAUGUACCCCUUGGUCAGGUGAUCUCAGGUACCGAAGUUUGGUGCGAUCUGAUUUGCCGUUUGGCCUCCAGGGAGGGGGCCAAAUCCUAAAUUCUUCAAAAUGCCAUUAUUCCUAAUAAUGACUUGCCCGAUUGGCACCAAUUUUAUAUCAUAGGUACAUCUAAUUCUAACAACCAUUUAAUGUGUCACCCGGGUCUUCUUUGAUUUGACCUACUUUUCAAGGUCACAGAGGUCGAAUGUACUGUAAAUUGGCCAUUUUGGGGAAAUUGUAAUUGCUUGGACCUACAUCAAACCUAACACUACAUGACACAAUACCAUGCUCUUUAUCCAUCUUUCCUCCACAUGAGGUGAGCACAAUGGCCCUGGCCAUUUCAUUUUAUAAAUUGAACUUGCCUUUUCUGUUGUCAACUGAAUUGUAGUCAAAACUUGUUGUGGAUAGACAGGGUAGGGUCUCUGGCCCUUUUUUUGUGUUCGUAGAUUUUAAUUGAUUCAGGAAUUUUGUGUUACCUGAUGUUUUAAUCCUUUGAAAACUUCUCCGACCCCUACUGUCACAAAAAAUGCCAAAAUGAACUGGUCAGGACACUCUAGCAUGCAAGAAAUCAUAUAUCUCAGCUCUGCGACCAGUCUGACGUCACAUUGACUAAGACGACCUGUUUUGAUGACUUCUUGGAUGUCGUGCCACGUCCAGGGCAUGGAGCAUGCCAGUCCUAUUCUGCAAAUGUCGGCACUGUUCAGAAGCAGCGAAUGAAGUUUUGAAUGGGCUAAAACUCCAUGACAAAAUGUCAGAUGUCAAAAUUCAUUUGAUGCAGGUAUUGUAAAAAUCUAAUCGGAAUGGCAUUUAAUGAUGUGAGAGUGAUAUGAAAAAUUUCUCAACAGCUCAAACCACACCACCGUCACAUUUUUCAGUGCGGUAAAACUAAUUGAAUGUUAUCUGGGGAUAUGAAAAAUCCUCUUUAUUCUUACACACAGGAUCUAGGGCAGUUUUUUUAUUGCCACAACGUUAUGUGUGGCAAUUAAAACCGGAAUGUCUAUCUUCCUUGCGAACCAUUUGUAACUGCUUAUAACCCAACCUGUACUCCACUCUAAGUUGGCCAUUUUUCUAAUAAGUUAGUGCAAUUCCUAUGCACUUGUAAUUCAGGUCUUGUAGAGAGAAAUGAGGGUGUAGGAAGAACAUUUAGCUACACACUCCAUGUCAGAAAAUCUACCACCUACCUCAGUAUCAAAACAAAGAACCAGGCCAAAUCAGUGAAAUUUAUUGCUUCAUUACCAGUAAUUCGGAACUAAUUGCAACACCCCGGGCCCAAAUGCACUAUCAAUAAUGUAUUGUGAUGCAUAGGGAAAGUCCUUUGUAGACAAUUUGCCAAUAGCAGAUGUGAAUCUUUGUAAAUAGAAUAGGCUUAUGAAAUAUAUUAUAUUUGUUCAUUUUCCCCUGUCCACAGUUGGUUUGUACAUUUCAUUUUGUGAAACCUAAUUGGCCCAUCUGGCGCUUGUCUUUAGUGGUGAUAUUCUCCCUUGGGGGGGGGGGGGGGUCUAAAAAUUGUGUGUUUACAUGUACCCGAUGAUCUACCGAUAAUUACAAUGCACAAAUAGAUGGUCACAGGUCUGCUGGGUAAACCAUCUGUUGUGUGGUAACCUUUCCCUAUAUCAAAUUUAUAAAUCAUCCAAAAAUAUCUGAUUACAAUACUCAACAACAUGUAAAACUCUUGCCUGUUUACUGGACUUUCAAUCAUUUUGUUGUGGUGGUCUUUGAUUAUUUUUUAGGAACUUGUACCUAAUGAAGCAGGUGGCAAGAGAUACAUGGCUUGCCCAAGGUCACAAGCUAUUUUAUGUGUCAUUGUUUGUACGGUAUCAAAUCCAGCACGGGGGGGGGGGGCAUUUUUGGCUCUGUACUACUACUGGUAUAAACUUACUCCAGAGAAAUGGUCAAAAGUCUGGGAAAAGGAUUCUCUAUUUGUGAUUCCACCCAAAAAUUUACCAAAUAUUUUGCAGCACAGACUUGCAAACUUGUUGUUGAUAAUUUCCUUGUGUGUGCUCUUAUAUAAUGAUAUGAAAGUUAUGUUCGUGUAUUUUUGCUAAUUGUGUUAGACCAGCUAGUCACAUAAUACAGCUUUUAUUGGUACUGAUAAUUUGAGUUGCUGUAUAAAGGUAAUUUAUCAUGAAGUCUUAUCAGAUUGCUGCCUCAGCUAAUCAGGUCUUAAUUGGCGCGAUUGUUUGUAAAUUUGUUCUGCUUAUUUGCCAUGGUUGUCAGGCCAGUGUUCAUUUUGGCUUAUUGCCCUGUUUUUGGAUGUGUGGACUGAAUCCGGUACAAUCUACCACCAGUACCCUAAAGUGAAACAAAUGAGGUAUGACCUGGAUGCUUCAAUUAAACAUUGGGCACAUAUUACAAAGAUUUCAAAAAAGUAUGAAGAAUAUCCAUAUAGAUUUUUCCACAUUUACACCCAGAAAAGUGAAUUCUAGUUUAACAUUCAUGAUGAAAAUCUGUCAGCUGGAAAAUGCCUUACCUUGAGAGAGAAAAACAUCUACCCUCAAAACGAAUCUGUGGAAAUGCCAGGCCUGUUUAUUUACACUAUGCCAGGGCAAUUUAUUCGUCUUCGACAAGUUGAGAACUGUUUAAAAUCAUGUUAAAACCCUCACCGAACCCAAUUAUUGUUAUUAUGUUGUGACUGAUUUACAUGUAUACUUUUUAACCAAGGGUUUGUUUGGACUUUUAUAGUGUUCUUGGGACAAUUUCGGCAUCCCGCUAUUUGCAACGAUCGAAUCGAUAUAAUUUUGUUGUUGAUUUCACGACCCAAACUACAAAACAAAUGACCUGACACUCGACUGCUUGUAAUGCAUGUAUUCAUUACUGUGUGCAAUUUAUAUCUGUAAUUUAGGAUUUAAUAAUAGACUCCGGGUCCAAUCGGAGUAAUUUAGCAAUCAAAAAUUGAUUAUGAUAACGUCAUGAUUCAGAUUCAUUUGGGUAGACUAAGUGUAUGUUAACCCCUUUGCAUUGUAGCCAACUUUUGGUGAAGAAUAAUAUUACACUGCAAAGGGAUUAGACAUGUUAAAGGGGGAAUAUAGGCAGGAAUGUACUGGGCCAGAUAAGGUUACGUAGAGAUGCUAUUAGGUCUCUGACUUUUUGCCGGCCCUAUAAUUCCUAUAAAUCCUUAUAUUGUUUUGAUCUCCCUAUAAAUGCCUAUUUUUGGCAAAAUUUGCCCUACAUGUAUAGGCCCUAUUUUUUGGUUUCCCUUUGCCCUAUAAUUACUCGAAUUUACUCGAAUUGUUCCUGUACUGUUGUUUCAGAGGCAAUUGAAAGCUACUAUUUAAGAGAAUGUGUCACAGUUUAGAAUGGGAAAAACUACCUAACUACUUCUUUAAAAUUUAAACAGCUUUGAUGUUAGGAUCACAUUGUGUUGAACAUGUACAUUUUAUGACUGAAGUAAAAGUAUUUUGAAGCCAAAAGAAUGUUUCGACUGGUGGAGAGGGGUCAUUCUGUCAUUUUGUCGGUGUAAAAAAAGCCCUCACCCAUUAAUCAUCUCGUCCAAUCUAAGAUUUUACAGAGGCAAUGGAGGGGAGGGCGUUAACAAAAAUUGAGGUCCAUAUUUGGUACGCAUGCAUACAGGCAGAGUGGCGAGAUUGAAGAGGUAAUUUGAACAUAUGUUUUAGCCAUAACAUCUCACUGUGUAUGGAAAAGAUGAGAUGUUCAGGUUAAUAUUAUAAGAUUUCAAUGAUUUCGAAUGUUUUUAGAUUACUUUUGUAUGAAACCAAGUUUCAUUGUGUUUUAUUAUGCAGCAUGACAACAUCAACUGUGCCAUUGACUACAUACACAAGUACUAGUCUGGCCCGGCUGUUCAAAGCUCCGCUGACUGGUUUUGCGGCAGCUAAACCACCGUUAUCUUAGCGUGUCCCCAAGUUUGUUCCGUCAGGCUAAGCGGCUGCUAUGCCAGCGCUAAGUUAGCAGAACUGGAACCGAAAGGGCUACGCAAUUGGGUGCCACCAAGUUUAGCAGCUGUCAGUACAAAUUAGCGGUCGCUGAAGUUUAAAGCUAAAGGCUAAAGGCUUUGAACAACCCGGGCCUGGGCUCUCGAUCUCUAAUCAGGACACCUCUCUAUAUAAGACAGAACUUGUCAGUCCCGAGGGUGUCCUUGAUAGAGAGGUUCUACUGUAGUACUGAAAACUAUGUGUACC